GUGACUUUUGAUGAUGUGCAUGUGAACUUCACUGAGGAAGACUGGAAUUUGCUGGAUCCUUCCCAGAAGAAUCUCUACAAAGAUGUGAUGUGGGAAACCUACCUGAACCUCAAAGCUAUAGGCUGUAAUUGGGAAGACCAUCAUCUUGAAGAACAUUUUCAAAGUAUUAGAAGACAUGAAAGACAAAUUGUAAACAUUAUUCAUAUUGAUUACAUGAUUGAUCAGAGUAAUCAGUGUGGUAAAGAUUUCACAUGUGCUAAUUAUCGUUGCAGGCAUGUAAGAAGAUAUACUGGAGUGAAAUGCUAUGAGUGUAAUAUAUGUGGUAAAGCCUUUACAAGUUCCAGUCAUCUUAAAUAUCAUAAAACAACACAUACUGGAGAGAAACUUUAUGAAUGCAAUCAAUGUAGUAAAGCCUUUGCAAGACCCAGUUAUCUACAAAGACAUAAAAUGACACAUAUUAGAGAGAAACCUUAUGAAUGUAAUCAAUGUGGUAAAGCCUUUGCAAGACCUGGUGAUCUCCAAAAUCAUAAAAGAACACAUACUGGAGAGAAACCUUAUAAAUGUAGUCAAUGUGGUAAAGCCUUUGCACAGCACAGUACUUUCCAAUAUCAUAAAAGGAAACAUACUGGAGAGAAACCUUAUGAAUGCAAUCAAUGUGGUAAAGCCUUUGCAGUACCCAGUCAUCUCCAGUAUCAUAAAAGAACACAUACUGGAGAGAAACCUUAUGAAUGUAAUCAAUGUGGUAAAGCCUUUGCACAGCACAGUGAUCUCCAAAGACAUAAAAGAACACAUACUGGAGAGAAACCUUAUGAGUGCAAUCAAUGUGGGAAAGCCUUUGCACAGCGCAGUCAUCUCCAAUAUCAUAAAAGGAAACAUACUGGAGAGAAACCUUAUAAAUGCAAUCAAUGUGGUAAAGCCUUUGCAGUACCCAGUCAUCUCCAGUAUCAUAAAAGAACACAUACUGGAGAGAAACCUUAUGAAUGUAAUCAAUGUGGUAAAGCCUUUGCACAGCACAGUGAUCUCCAAAGACAUAAAAGAACACAUACUGGAGAGAAACCUUAUGAGUGCAAUCAAUGUGGGAAAGCCUUUGCACAGCGCAGUCAUCUCCAAUAUCAUAAAAGGAAACAUACUGGAGAGAAACCUUAUAAAUGUAGUCAAUGUGGUAAAGCCUUUGCACAGCACAGUACUUUCCAAUAUCAUAAAAGGAAACAUACUGGAGAGAAACCUUAUAAAUGUAGUCAAUGUGGUAAAGCCUUUGCACAGCACAGUACUUUCCAAUAUCAUAAAAGGAAACAUACUGGAGAGAAACCUUACGAAUGCAAUCAAUGUGGUAAAGCCUUUGCACUACCCAGUCAUCUCCAAUAUCAUAAAAGAACACAUACUGGAGAGAAACCUUAUGCAUGUAAUCAAUGUGGUAAAGCCUUUUCAGGUCACAGUACUCUCCAAACACAUAAAAGAACACAUACUGGAGAGAAACCUUAUGAAUGUAAACAAUGUGGCAAAGCCUUUUCACAUCAGAGUAGUAUCCAAAGACAUAAAAGAACACAUACUGGAGAGAAACCUUAUAAAUGUAGUCAUUGUGGUAAAGACUUUGCAACACGCAGUAAUCUCCAAAGACAUGAAAGAACACAUACUGGAGAGAAACCUUAUGAAUGUAAUCAAUGUGGUAAAGCCUUUACAGGACCCAGUCAUAUCCAAAGACAUAAAAGAAGACAUACUGGAGAGAAACCUUAUGGAUGUAAUCAAUGUGGUAAAGUCUUUGCAGCUCACAGUAAUCUACAAAAUCAUAAAAGAUCACAUACAGGAGAGAAACCUUAUAAAUGUAAUCAAUGCGGUAAAACUUUUACACAUCACAGUACUUUGCAAUAUCAUAAAAGAACACAUACUGGAGAGAAACCUUAUGAAUGUGAUCAAUGUGGUAAAGCCUUUGCACGGCGCAGUAAUCUCCAAUAUCAUAAAAGAACACAUACUGGAGAGAAACCUUAUGAAUGUAAUCAAUGUGGUAAAGCCUUUGCACAGUGCAGUACUCUCCAAUAUCAUAAAAAAACACAUACUAGAGAGAAACCAUAUGAAUGUAAUCAAUGUGGUAAAGCCUUUGCAGGACCCAGUCUUCUCCAAAGACAUAAAAGAACACAUACUGGAGAGAAACCUUAUGAAUGUAAUCAAUGUGGUAAAGCCUUUGGACAGCACAGUCAUCUCCGAUCUCAUAAAAGAACACAUACUGGAGAGAAACCUUAUGAGUGUAAUCAAUGUGGUAAAGCCUUUGUACAUCACAGUGGUCUCCAAAGACAUAAAAUGACACAUACUGGAGAGAAACCUUAUGAAUGUAAUCAAUGUGGUAAAGCCUUUACAAGACCCAGUCAUCUCCAAUCCAGUCAUCUCCAAUAUCAUAAAAGAACACAUACUGGAGAGAAGCCGUAUGAAUGUAAUCAAUGUGGUAAAGCCUUUGCAAGACCCAGUUAUCUCCAGUAUCAUAAAAGAACACAUACUGGAGAGAAACCUUGUGAAUGUAAUCAAUGUGGUAAAGCCUUUGCAAGACCCAGUUAUCUCCAGUAUCAUAAAAGAACACAUACUGGAGAGAAACCUUGUGAAUGUAAUCAAUGUGGUAAAGCAUUUGCAUGUCAGAGUAAUCUCCAAAGACAUAAAAAAACACAUACUGGAGAGAAACGUUAUGAAUGUUAUCAAUGUGGUAAAGCCUUUGUACGUCACAGUCAUCUCCAAAAUCAUAAAAGAACACAUACUGGAGAGAAACCAUAUGAAUGUAAUCAAUGUAGUAAAGCCUUUGCAAGACCCAGUCAUCUCCAGUAUCAUAAAAGAACACAUACUGGAGAGAAACCUUAUAAAUGUAAUCAAUGUGGUAAAGCCUUUGCACAGCGCAGUACUCUCCAAUAUCAUAAAAGAACACAUACUGGAGAGAAACCUUAUGAAUGUAAACAAUGUGGUAAAGCCUUUACAAGACCCAGUUAUCUCCAGUAUCAUAAAAGAACACACACCGGACAGAAAACUUAUCAGACCCUGUAUAGGGGCUGCAAAGUCACAGGUGCCAUGUCCGGCCCCCAAGUUAUUGCCCAUACUGCCCACUUAUCUACGAGGGACUUACAGUACAGUAAGGAACGCCGCUUUAUCUACAGCGGUCCUACUUUCGUUUUUAAACCCAACAAAGGCACUCCUCGCCAGGUUUAUGGCAACGAAGCCAAAAACAGCACAGAAGAGUUACCACGACUAAGCAGGGAAAAAUUCCGGCGAACACCAAAGGGUCAACAGGAUAACCGAACCACAUACCUGGGGAGCCGCUCCGUGACUUUUGAUGAUGUGAAUGUGAAAUUCACUGAGGAAGAGUGGAAUUUGCUGGAUCUUUCCCAGAAGAGUCUCUACAAAGAUGUGAUGUUGGAAACCUACCUGAACUUCAAAGCUAUAGGCUAUAAUGUGGAAGACCAUCACCUUGAAGAACGUUUUCAAAGUAGCACAAGACAUGAAAGUGUCAUAAGAAGUCAUAGUGGAGAGAAACCCUAUGAGUGUAAUCAAUGUGGUAAAGCCUUUUCACAGCCCAGUACUUUGCAAUAUCAGAAAAGAACAAUUACUGGAGAGAAACCUUAUAAAUGUAAUCAAUGUGGUAAAGCCUUUUCAUAUCACAGUAAUCUCCGAAGUCAUAAAAGAACAAAUACGGGAGAGAAACCUUCUAAAUGUAAUCAAUGUGGUAAAGCCUUUGCAAGACCGAGUGAUCUCCAAAGACAUAAACCGAUACAUACUGGAGAGAAACCUUAUGAAUGUAAUCAGUGUGGUAAAGCCUUUGCAAGACCCAGUCAUCUCCAAAAUCAUAAAAGAACACAUACUGGAGAGAAACCUUAUGAAUGUAAUCAAUGUGGUAAAGCCUUUGCACAGCAUAGUCAUCUCCAAAGACAUAAAAGAACACAUACUGGAGAGAAACCUUAUGAAUGUAAUCAAUGUGGUAAAGCCUUUGCAAGACACAGUGAUCUCCAAAAUCAUAAAAGAACACAUACUGGAGAGAAACCUUAUGAAUGUAAUCAAUGUGGUAAAGCCUUUGCACAGCAUAGUCAUCUCCAAAGACAUAAAAGAACACAUACUGGAGAGAAACCUUAUGAAUGUAACCAAUGUGGUAAAGCCUUUGCAAGACACAGUGAUCUCCAAAAUCAUAAAAGAACACAUACUGGAGAGAAACCUUAUGAAUGUAACCAAUGUGGUAAAGCCUUUGCAAGACACAGUGAUCUCCAAAACCAUAAAAGAACACAUACUGGAGAGAAACUUUAUGAAUGUAAUCAAUGUGGUAAAGCCUUUUCACGUCACAGUAAUCUUCAAAGACAUAAGAAAACACACACUCGAGAGAAACCUUAUGAAUAUAAUCAAUGCAGUAAAACCAUUGCAACACCCCAUUCAUUUCCAUUAUGA